AUGACAAAGGGGGGAGUAGAAACCAACAGCCAAGUCCCAGCCGAUAUCGACCAACGUUAUCUCCGUGGGCCUACUGGGCCAUGCCAAGUCGAGAUUCGUAUGUACCUGCUCCAUGUAGACGUCUCAUCCGUCACGAAUGGCGUCCGGGCCAUCCGUAACGUCCUGGGCCAACAAUACUUCUGUAACUUUUAUCCGCAGUGGAACAAUCCCGUUCUGGCUCUGCCGUCAUCGAUCAAACAAGAUGCCAUCCUGCCAAGUGUCGGAAAGUUCCUGAGCAGCGCUGCUUUAAGAUUGAGCUUUCUUCCUGCUUUCCCCAUGAUGCUGGAAUGA